GCAUAAUAUAGUUGGGCUAUAUUUCUUAUUAUUUUGACGAUGUACGCCACAGUACUGUUAUAUAAAACCUCACUGGUCAGGAGCGUGCGUCUGGUGCGCUGAGUAUAAAAGCGCCGGAUCUCCUGAAAGUGCAGCUUAUUGGUCAGCGCGCGCGCGGUUGGAGCACGAGCCCUGCGGAGAACCCACUGAUCCGUUCCUCUACAGUUGCGUUUGGCUCGUGCUGUUAGAGAAGAGGCUCUUUCCCGAAAAUGAGGAUCACUUUACAGAGGAGAAUGCUUCGUUUGUUUCUGAAUGCAAUUUUCUCUAGAAGCUGGACUUUAUAUAAUGAACUAAAGAAAACUGGACACUGAAAAAAAAAAAUUUUCCGAAAAGAAGGAGUUCAUGUUUUUGGGAUUGUUUAUUUUCCGCUUUUUUCUUUCAGGUGGGAUGAAGCCGUAUAUGACUUGAUAAAUACCUCAAAUGCUGUGUUUUUCCUUGAGAUUCAUCUGUAGUCUCUCAUUGUGGAGAUGUUAUCCCUGCAUCAUUGCAACACAUCAUGGGCCAGCACCAUAUCACCCCUCUCUAAUCAGACCCAGGCUGUGGUGGGAGUGGCAAACGUGGGUCAUAGUGACAACCUGACAAACAGAUCGGCCAAAAACCCUGCAGUCGCUGGCCUUUCCAUGACUUUGGGUGUGCUGUCCAAUAUCAUAGCACUAUUCAUUUUGGCCAAGGCAUAUACACGUCUGCGCAGACGCUCCAAAGCAACCUUCCUUCUCUUCGCCAGCUCACUGGUGGCCACAGACUUGGCUGGUCAUAUCAUCCCUGGUGCUGUGGUACUACACUUCUACUCGAACAGCAUAGGGACGAGUCCUCCAACCCAUGCAGAUGCCACCUGCCAGUUCUUAGGUGGCAGUAUGGUCUUUUUCGGCUUGUGUCCACUUUUUUUGGGCAGCGCCAUGGCAGCAGAGCGGUGCCUGGGUGUCACACAGCCACUUCUUCAUGCUCGUCUUGUCUCAGGAACUCGCACCAAGAUGGCCUUGGUGCUGAUCUGGCUGGCAGCACUAGCUGUGGCCUUGCUGCCUGCUGUCAGGCUGGGAGAGUACACCUAUCAGCACCCAGGUACCUGGUGUUUUAUAAGGGUAUUAGGGAAAACUAAGGACACGGAUGUAGCCUUCCUGCUGUUAUUCUCAGCAUUUGGAUUGGGCUCGCUGGCUAUGUCCUUGGUAUGCAACACGAUUAGCGGCAUCACCCUGGUGCGAGCACGCCUGCGCAGAAGGAAUUGCCACCGCAGGACAGCAAAAUCUCAUGACAUAGAGAUGGUGGCACAGCUCCUGGGAAUCAUGAUCACUUCCUGUAUUUGCUGGAGCCCCCUGCUGAUCUUUGGCUUGAUGUCAGUCACAAAUGGCCACAGUAGCCACUGCCAGAAGGAUGACAUGUACUAUAAGAAACUGAUGGUGAUGGGAGUACGUCUGGCUUCAUGUAACCAGAUCCUGGACCCAUGGGUUUACAUCUUGCUGCGGCGAGCGGUCCUCAGAAAGAUCUAUCAGCUCACCACUGGCCAGACUGAUAUGAGAGGCAGCACUUUCCGGCGUUGGGAGAUCAGCUCCUUACAGAGUUCGGAGAAAAAAAACACCAUCAAACGGAUCUAAGAGAGAGAAUGAAAAGAAAACGGUGGAUACGGUGGACAGCAUCUGGAUCAUUUUGCUGUGCUUUGUAGCAUAUUUGCCAUGUGCUAUUGCAUCUGCUAGCAAGGCAGAUGAUAGAAGAAUAAACAGAAACUUUUUUUUGUUCUUGUGGGACUGGACAGUUUAAAUCACAAGACUGAGAGAGACACUUUAUUUGCAACUGCUCUGCUAAAUCACUUUGGAUAAAUAUACAUGGUAAUUCAAGUUGUGCCAACACUUUAUUCUCAUAUUGCUUCCUCACCACCCUGACUUUGCAAUCCCUUUACCACAGAGGCCAAUGUUAGUCUCGACAAAUGUGAAUAAUUUCAAUGUUAUGGACCUCAAUUCAUAUGCUUCUCUACAUGUCCAUACAUUAUUAGCUAAUAUCAAAGAGGACAUGUCAAGGGCACACAGCUUCUAACAGCACAACCAUAGAGGUUUGCAGAAUACCUGCUUUAAAGAUACUUAAUAUAAAUUAAUAUCAUAGAUGAUUUCUAAAAUGCAUGACAGAACGAAUGACACUUGACUGGAUCUGGGGCAUAUAAAGAAUAAAACAAUACAAACAUCUUCUUUUCUUAAAAAUCCAUAGACAUUUGCAUUCUUCAUCCAUUCAGAUGGAUAUCGGGAAGCUGAACCAUAUGUUUGUGCUACGUUGAAAGUUGCUUGUGUCUUUCAAGGUCUAAAUAUUGUAAAUAUUUUAUUAGUGACUUAAAGUAACGGCAGAGCUUUUACUUGAAUUGUAUUCAUAGUGAGAUGUUCUUAUGUCUGUAUUUAUUGCCUGUUUUGUUUCCCUAAUUAUGUGACCUGAAAAGUAAUCUAAAUCGUAUAAAAGCUAUGGAAUAAAAUAUAU